AUGUCUAGUUCUGGCACACCCGCCUUUGACGAUCCUGCUGCGUUGGUUGCCCUGCUCCGGCAAUGGUCUGCUCCUGAUGAGCUUCUGGAGGUCCUCACUGUAAAGGGUUUCAAGACCAUCGCGACCAUUGCCUAUGCUAUCCCUCCGGAUGGCUCCCCUGACGACUGGAUUCGCGUCUUGUGGCCUCCGGCCGACCCCAACGACACCUCGGCCAGGAUCACACCAUCUGCCAGUUUUGCACGACGCCUUCUGGUGCAGGCGCGCGACCUUGUGCAUCCGGCACCUGCCCCGUCGACCCCUGCCUCUGCCGGGAGCGCUCCGCCUCCCCUGCCCGGCCCGAAAAUCACGGCCGAAGCGGCGGAGUUGCUGCGUCAAAAGUUCAUUGAGGCCUAUCCGGGAGAAAUCCUCUCCCCGUCCAACACACCCAGUUUGGAAUUUCUCAACCGCCUCCGCUCUGAGUUGGACAAGCCAACAACCCUGUGGAUUCCGUGGCGCUUGAGGACAUCUGAGCAUGACGUUCAGACGUUCUAUGAACAUCGCCGACCCAGGUCGGACAACCAGCUCCUCCGCUCCUUAUUGGAUGAUGUUCCGGACCCGAUUGUGGCUCACGCGUCCGUGCCUAAUUCAGGUCCCGUUGAGCCUCUGCUUCGCCGCCACUUUGGGAUUCUGGUCACGGCCUUGGCUUUCCUGGGUGACCUGCACCUCCGUAUUGGCAAGAUUUUUGCUGAGUCUUUCAUUGCAUCCGCUACGGCUGUCCCCCUGGAUCCUUCCCUCCGGGCACCAUCUCUGCAAGAAGUACUCGCAGCCGACCGGUCCAUUUGGGCUGCCGUUGGCACACUGAUGCGAGAUGAGAAGUGGUCGCUGUCUGAUUCCAUUCAUGAGGUUUCCGUCACCCGGCACAUGAUUCCGACUUUGUUGUGUGCCCGGCCUCGGUCCAUGCCUGCCCCUCCGGUCCGGGAACCCACCCGCACUGGGGGCACGGCCGACACGUCACAGCCAGAUAAGCCUGACCGGCCCACGAAGCGUCUCAAAACCGACGGCAAACCGGAAAAACCGACCGGCAAAGCCAAAGCAGAUGCCAAAAAGCCGGCCGGCAAGAAACCCGUCAAGGAUCUGUGGGAAGAGUCGUGGCAUGAGGUGGACGAGAAUGGCAAGGAAAUUUGCAAACGCUUUGUGCUCGGCCGUUGCAAGUUGGAUUCCUGCUCGUCCCCUGAUGCCCUGGCCGAUGAAGCCGUGCGUAUUUUCUCCUCUGAUGAGGAGAUCUCAAAUCACGCCCCGGCUGAGUCCGUGGCUCAGGCGGCCCCUGCUUCGGAGUCGGACCGACUCAGAAGAGACAGCUCCAUCCUUGGAUCGGGCUGCUCGGCCCCGCUCUCUAAAGCAGUUUCCAAUCUUGGCCUCGACCGCAUUGCCCCUAUAGACGUGCUUCAUGGGGAAGAGGUGGACUUGCUUCUGCCCCAGCAUCAGGCCGAACUGCAACGUUCCGACAAGCUGCACGAGCUCUGUCGGGAGCUCCUCACUCUCGUGCUUCUCUCGGGCACUCACCCGCCUUUGGCAGGCAAGCGUGACUCGUCCGGUGCCUUCCUUACACGGACCACUGCCUGCUACCCGGACGGUCUCUGCGAGCGCGUUGCGGCACUGAUGGCACCAUAUCUCUCCCGGUCUGUGGGCCUGGUCUCGUUCCUCUCCUGGGAAACGGCUCUUCUUGAGUCUCAUCUCUGCUGGCCACUUCCCUCCUCCCGGAUUGAAGAUGGUGCAGGUUCGUGCUCCACUGCUUCCUGGUCCAAACCGUCCGGCCCCGACACCUUUGGCCCCCUGCGCAAACUCUGGGUUCAGCGCAUCCUGUCCGGGGAUUUCCUUGCCAAGUUUCGCGCUCGGCUGGCAUCCGGCUCCAAGGAUGCCCCGAUUUCUGAGUCCGAACUGGUACCUUUCUUGGGUGACUUGCGCUCCUUCCUGGGCUUGGCGGCUACUGACUUUGAUACACUCCUUUCGGUCCCUCCGGGCCAACCGUUCCGCCUGUUCCUCCUGGAUGCACUGCUUCAGCUCUCGCGCGAUCCGGAUCGACCCUUUGUGGACUUGCUCCUUGAGGGAGUUCCUCUGGGUGUUGACGAACCUAUGCCUGCCUGCCCUACGCUGUUUCCUGCUUCCGCCCCCAAGGACCCAUCCAUGGACUUACAGCAUUGUUCCUCCUCCUGGGGAUCAGCUCUUUCCGACCUGUCCACUGUGGACUCCCUUCUUCAAACCGAAGUUUCUGAAGGAUGGGUGCGGGAGGUUCCAGGCGGUCUUGACAGCCUCACCGCCACCUAUGCUCGUACCGCCGUGGGGAAGCUUGGACUUGUUAAGGCCCCCGACCGUGACCCCCGCCUGGUGGUGGAUUCCAGCGUUUCCGGUGUUACAGAACACACCGCUCUUCCCAAUAAGUCUGCGAACCCGACCAUCUCGGGCCUCCGUCGCUGCUUUCCUCUCCGUCUGGCCCUGGAACAGCUCUUCGCACUUAUCCUGGAUGUCAGCAAGGCUCACCGGCGCAUACUGAUCCGGGCCGCCGAUCAAGGCCUUCUUUGCUUCUUCCAUCGCGGCCGCCUAUUCCAGUGUCUGACAUUGAAUUUCGGUGCACGCGCGUCCGGCUUUUACUGGGCACGUUUGGCGGGGAUCUUGUCACGCCUCAUGCAUCGGCUUCUGUUCAUCGCCAUGCCUUGCUUAUCUAUGUCGAUGACCUGA